GCCCUCGUGAUAAACAAUCGGUUAAACUAGGAUUCUGUACUCCUUCCAUGUUAAUUUAAACUUUUUCCUCCUUUGGAUCUUAUUUCAUCACCAACUUACCCUGCCUCGCUGCACACCCUUCCCCCCUCUCUCCUCCAUUGAAGCGUAUUCUGAAUUCUCCAUUGAAGCGACUUCUGAGCUUUCUCUCCUCAAUUGAAGCGGCUUCUAAAGUUAGCAGAACGCGGUUGAAGUGGCAGGUUAAUUAGGAUGGAUUUUGUAUCUGGCUAUAAGGGAGUUGUUGGACGUGUGUUUGGAAAUGAUAAUGCUACUUCAAAUGAAGAUAGUUAUGUUGAACGGUUGCUUGAUCGAAUAAAUAAUGGUGCAAAGGCUGAGGAUAGAAGGAUGGCAAUGGUUGAACUUCAAUCUGUUGUUGCAGAAAACCAUUCUGCACAGCUAGCUUUUGGAGCAAUGGGCAUGCCAGUAUUACUAAGUGUGCUGAAAGAUGAGCGAGAUGACGUAGAAAUGAUUCGAGGUGCUUUAGAAACCCUUGUUAGUUCUUUGACUCCUCUUAAUCAUGCAAAAAUGGCAAAGAUUGAAGUGGAGCCAUCUAAAUUGAAUGCUGAUUUAUUAUCAAGAGAAGUAGACAAUAUAUCUCUCCUCCUCAGCUUGUUGGCGGAGGAUGAUUUCUAUGUAAGAUACUAUACCCUACAAGUAUUAACUGCUCUUCUCACAAAUUCGCUAAACAGAUUACAAGAGUCUAUUUUGACUAUUCCUCGUGGCAUAACUCGAUUGAUGGACAUGCUGAUGGAUCGUGAGGUUAUACGCAAUGAGGCCUUGCUGCUCCUUAUGUACUUGACUCGUGAAGCUGAGGAAAUACAAAAAAUUGUAGUGUUUGAAGGAGCUUUUGAAAAGAUAUUUACCAUUAUGAAAGAGGAAGGUGGUUCGGAUGGUGGAGUUGUUGUUCAGGAUUGUCUUCAACUCUUGAAUAAUAUAUUGCGUAACAAUACCUCUAAUCAGACUCUAUUGAGGGAGACAGUGGGAUUUGAUCCUAUAAUAUCACUUUUUAGGCUUCGAGGAGUCUCUUAUAGCUUUACGCAGCAAAAGACAAUAAAUCUGCUCAGCACAUUGGAGACUGUUAAUCUGCUGAUAGCCAGUGGUCCACAAACUGACACAGGGAAAGAUACGGAUAGUAUGACCAACAAAACAGUCUUGGUUCAGAGAAAAAUUUUGGAUUAUCUCCUUAUGCUAGGAGUUGAGAGCCAACGGGCUCCUGUUACUGUUCGUUGUGCGGCACUACACUGUAUUGGUGAUAUAAUUGCUCGACAUCCUAAGAACAUUGAUGAGCUUGCCAGUAAAGUUCUUGGAGAAGAACCACAAGUAGAACCUGCUCUAAAUUCCAUUCUUCGAAUCAUUUUACGAACUUCUAGCAUGCAAGAGUUUGUUGAUGCAGAUUAUGUUUUCAAGAACUUUUGUGAGAAUAAUCCUGAUGGUCAGCGACUAUUAGCAUCCACGUUUACACCCCAGCCACAGUCAAUGGCUCAUGCUCCACUAGAAGAUGAUGUAAAUAUGUCAUUUGGAAGUAUGCUGCUCCAUGGUCUGUCAAUGAGUGAAAGUGAUGGGGAUCUUGAGAUAUGUGCACGGGCUGCUAGUGUUUUGUCUCAUAUGCUGAAGGACAACACCCAAUGCAAAGAGAAGGCUUUAAAAGUUGAACUGGGGGCAACAAUGCAGUCUAUGGGGACCCCUGAGCCAUUAAUGCACCGCAUGGUAAAGUACUUGGCUGUUUCUUCUUCCAUGGAUAGUAAAGAUGGAAAGUCAAAUGGAAAAGCAGAUCUUUACAUUCAGGAAAUGAUUCUAAAACUUCUGAUAGUGUGGCUUGUUGAUUGCCCAAGUGCGGUGAAUUGUUUUCUUGAUGCACGCCCCCAUCUCACCUAUCUUCUUGAGUUGCUCUCAAAUCAAUCUGCAACAGUAUGCACUCAGGGGCUAGCUGCUGUCCUUUUGGGAGAGUGUGUUCUGUACAAUAAGUGUAUUGAAAAUGGUAAAGAUUCUUACGGCAUAGUUGAUGCAAUCAGUCAAAAAGCUGGGCUUACCUCAUUCUUUCUGAAGUUCGAUGAGAUGCAAAAGAACUUCCUGUUUUCCUCCAAGAAGCUUUCUGAACAGCACAAACCUUUGACUAGAUCCAAUGGUGCUAGUAUGGAGGAUGUUGACAACGAACAAGAUGAUGCUAGUGUGACGGAUAAAAGAACUGACAAUGAGGUGCAUCCAAUUCUGGCUUCACUCUUUGAUGCUGGCUUUGUUGCAAUGGUUAGUAGCUUGGAGGUUAACAUAAGAGAGAGAUUUGUCGACGUUUAUAGUAAUCCAAAAGCAAAGGUGGCAGUUGUUCCUGCUGAAUUGGAUCAAAGAAGUGGGGAGAGUGAUGGGGAUUAUAUUAAGCGUCUUAAAACCUUCGUGGAGAAACAGUGCUCUGAAAUCCAGGAUCUCCUUGGCCGUAAUGCAAGCUUAGCUGAAGGCAUGGCUAUGUCAGGCGCAGGGUCUGAGCAAAAGACUAGUGGGCCGUCAGAUAGAGUCCAGGCGGAGACAUACCGCAGAGAACUUCGAGAAGCAACUCAGCGACUUGAGAUGUUCAAGAAUGAGAAUGCUAAACUUGGAAAUGAUGUUUCCAUAUACCAGAAUUUGGCUAGUAAGAUGGAGUCUGAAUUGAAGAGCUUAUCCGAUGCUUAUUGCAGUCUGGAACAGGCCAACUCCCAACUAGAGAAAGAGGUCAAGUCUUUAAGAAGCGGCGGUGCUGCACCUUACCCAGAUAUUGAGGCAAUUAAAGAGGAAGCGAGAGAAGAAGCACAGAAGGAUAGCGAGGCAGAGUUAAAUGAUUUACUUGUUUGCUUAGGACAAGAGCAAAGCAAAGUUGAGAGACUUACUGCUAGGCUGUUGGAGCUUGGAGAGGAUGUUGACCAGCUGCUUGAAGGAGUAGGAGACGAUACUGGCUUACCAGACGAUGACGACGAAGACGAUGAGGAGUGAUUUAUGCACUAUGUAAAAUCUCUUUUUCUUAUCCACUCUUACAGAAUUACGUAUUUAAUUAUUUGCAUUUGUGUUAAAUUAUUACUAUGUCCUGUACAUUAUCUCUAGUCAGUUGUACAGUUGAUUUGUUGGUGGUACACAGGAAUUGGAUUAUAAUCCGUCGUGUGAGCCAAAAUUCGAAGUACUUUGUAAUAAUCACUGCCUAAGAUCAAUGUAAAAACACCUCACCAAGUUGGGCGUAUCAUGUACAUCGAUUGAUUGAAGACUAA